AGAGAGAAAGAGAGAGAGAGCGCGGCGAGCGAGGAGGGCGGGCGGGAGGCGGAUCCUCCUACCUGGGGCGCGCUCGCUUGCUCGCAGCUCGCUUGCCGGGGCCGCGAGUCACCUGGGAGGCCGACAAGUGCGGACACAUUGGCCGCCGCGGCGCUCGGCGAGGCGCGCACGGCCCCAGGCGGCUGCGCCCAGUGGAGGCAGCGCCUGCCCGCCCGCUGCGCUCGGGCCCUGGCCCCGGCUGGCGCUCGUAGGGCCCCGCGGUUGCCCAGCCCGGCUCCGAGGUUGAGGCCCCCCGCCCAGGUCACUCCCCCAGGUGCACGCGGCGGCGGCAGCGGCGGCGCCCCGGGCUCACCAUGGUGGCAGCGCGCGCCGAGUGCCCGCGCGUCGCCGGCCGCCCGAGCCGCAGCGCCGGCUGAGAGCUGUCCGCCAGAGUCCCCCGCCCCUGCCCGUUCCCCGCCUGGCCUGCGCGUCCCCUCCGGCCGCCGCUGUCUAUGGCGCAGCCCCCCUCUCUGGAUCAUGCACAGAAACUUUCGCAAGUGGAUUUUCUACGUGUUUCUCUGCUUUGGCGUCCUGUACGUGAAGCUUGGAGCGCUGUCGUCUGUCGUGGCCCUGGGCGCCAACAUCAUCUGCAACAAGAUUCCUGGCUUGGCCCCGCGGCAGCGCGCCAUCUGCCAGAGCCGGCCCGAUGCCAUCAUCGUGAUUGGGGAGGGGGCGCAGAUGGGCAUCAACGAGUGCCAGUACCAGUUCCGCUUUGGACGCUGGAACUGCUCCGCCCUCGGCGAGAAGACUGUCUUCGGGCAAGAGCUCCGAGGAGCCGUGAGGCCGCCUUCACGUAUGCCAUCACCGCGGCUGGCGUGGCCCACGCCGUCACCGCUGCCUGCAGCCAGGGCAACCUGAGCAACUGCGGGUGCGACCGCGAGAAGCAGGGCUACUACAACCAGGCUGAGGGCUGGAAGUGGGGCGGCUGCUCCGCCGACGUGCGCUACGGCAUCGACUUCUCCCGGCGCUUCGUGGACGCUCGAGAGAUCAAGAAGAACGCACGGCGCCUCAUGAACCUGCACAACAACGAGGCCGGCAGGAAGGUCCUGGAGGAGCGCAUGAAGCUGGAGUGCAAGUGCCACGGCGUGUCGGGCUCGUGCACCACCAAGACGUGCUGGACCACGCUGCCCAAGUUCCGUGAGGUGGGCCACCUGCUCAAGGAGAAGUACAACGCCGCUGUGCAGGUGGAGGUGGUGCGGGCCAGCCGCCUGCGGCAGCCCACCUUCCUACGCAUCAAGCAACUGCGCAGCUACCAGAAGCCCAUGGAGACGGACCUGGUGUACAUCGAGAAGUCGCCCAACUACUGCGAGGAGGAUGCGGCCACGGGCAGCGUGGGCACCCAGGGCCGGCUGUGCAACCGCACCUCGCCCGGCGCCGACGGCUGUGACACCAUGUGCUGCGGCCGCGGCUACAACACCCACCAGUACACCAAGGUCUGGCAGUGCAACUGCAAGUUCCACUGGUGCUGCUUCGUCAAGUGCAACACGUGCAGCGAGCGCACCGAGGUCUUCACCUGCAAGUGAGCGCGGCCCCGCGGCGCGAGGCACCAGCCCCCACCUGGCGGCGUUUUGCACAUCCUCUCCUGGUCCCCCCUGCUCCGCCGGCGGCCGGCCCGAGGAGGUGGAAGCUCCAGGCGGGCAGGGGCGGGCUCCCCCUGGGGCUGGCACCUUCUCCCUGCCCCCAGAUGCUCCUUCCUGCCAUCCCCGUCACUUCCUGGGGCAAAACAGUGCCCACGACGCAGCAGCCGAGAGGGCCAGACCAACGGCUCUGGGUCCCUGACGGGGCCACUGACUUCCUUUUCUUCUCUCCGGGAAAGUGAACCUCACGGACAUACACGUAUCCUGGAAAGCAAAGGGACACCAGACUCCGAGUGUCCCCCUCCCCCGCCUGGUGGCCCAGACACAGAAAUGCUGUGCCGCCAGCCUCCUGUAAGACAGUUUCCCAGGCUGCAUCGGCUGCCUGGCUCCGGGGUGGUCUGGGCAGAUGUUGACAAAAAUUAUUUAUGUUUUCUUAGUAUCAGAAGAGGAUUCUUAGCACUAAGGCAUAGCGGGUCCUAACUCUAUACCCUGUGUUCGCGCAUCCCCUUGCUGCUCUCUGCUUCAUCUCCUGGCCCCUCGGGACCCAAGGGAGCAUCCCUGUGCAUCCUGGCCCUGCCCCAGGGGAGGUGGCUGUGUGUGUGUGAUCCCCAGGUGAGGUGGCCACAGACAGGGACCUCCGGCCCCUCUUCCCUUCUUUUAGAAAAUCAUAUAAACAAAUCAAAAUGUCACCAGUGUCAGGUUCCAGGAGUGCCACAUCCCCUCCCUCAUGCUGUUGCUCUCCCAGCCCCCAGCCAGCCUGGCACCCCCCAGUUUACAGAGCCCCCUCCCACUCUGAAGCCAGCCAGACCCCCAGGACAGCGCUGUGCUGGGGCUGAGAUGGGGGGCCGGUCAGGGCUGUUGUCCCAUUUGAUGGAUGGGAACACUGAACCCAGAGUGGCUUGAGCACUGGCCAGAGACCCUGAGGCUGUGAGUUGGGGCUCUGGCCUUGCUCGGACAUCCUGACCCCCAGCCCAGGGCUCCUGACCCUGGAGGACGUGCUCUGGGGACGCCCAGGGUGGCGUGAGAUGGACCUCAUGCCUUGAGGAGUCUGGCUGUGCCCCUGACCCGCUGCCAGCCUCCCUGGUGUCUGUAUCACCCCCAAACCCCCGAGAGCCGCCUUUGAGGGUUUCUCCGGUGGUCUCCUUGCCCAGUCCUGGUCCUUUCGCCCUGACUCCGAUGCUGAGAAAACUCGAAUCCAGGAUGUCACGCUGCCAGGGCCUUGUCUGCUGUCCCAGCAGAUGCCUUCCCUCCAGACACCUCCCCUGGGGCCUGCACACCACACAGACCCUCCCUUGAAGUCUGACUUGCCCCAAAAUCUUGGAGAUGGGAAGGGAAGGGGUCCUGUUCAGUUCCAAACCAUGUGCAGGGCGGAGAGAGAUCAGAAACCGAAGAUUCCGGGCUGGACGUGUCUGCGAACGCUCCCAUCGCUCCCCGGGGAGGCUGAGGCACAGAGGAGGUGACUUACCAGAAAGGGGAUGAUGAGCAACCAGCUUCUGGGGCGCCCUCCACUGCCCACGUGUCCCCACCCGAAUUUAGGGUAUUUUCUUAUAGAAACCAGUGGAAAUGUGUCCUCAGGCAGCUGACCAGCCAAGUGGGCUGGACAUUAGCCUGGGGUGAGUGACAUUGUCUGGGCCCUGGCGUGCGCCCCACAUGCCCCUGAUGAUGCCAGGACACUCCAUCAGCUGCUGUCCUGGGAGCUUCCAGGCCCCCCCAGUCCUGGCCCCCUUCCUCCCCAGGUGCCAGGACACCCCUGAGUCCACAGGCCUGGCGUCCUCUGCUAAGGAACCUGGUUAACUUAUAUUGUUAUAUAGCGUCGAAAUGUCUAUAGUGUCUUUUAAAUUAUUGUGACCUACACUGGGUACUGGAGGCAGGGGGACGGCCGCAUGGUGUCCCCCAAGCCAGGCUCCUCCUUCUGCUUGAAACAGACUCUUGGGGCCCCUGACGCCACUGAGUCAUGCGCACUGUCCCCCGGCCGCCCUUCCUAAGAGUCUGUCAGCAGCCGCCCUUCCCUCAGGUGAGGCGGGGGGUGCAUGUGAUCUGGGCAGGGGCGGUGGCGGCCGAGGCUCGGCGUGUCCCUGCAGUGUCCCCACUUCAGGAGAGCCGGUGGGUUUCUGACGGGCUGUGCCGGCCUCCCCUGGAGGGGAGUGCCCCGCUCCAAUAAAGCUGGAACCAGA